AUGUGUGAACGAUAUCCUGGGUACUUGUUUGGAGGGACUCCUGUCAGUAGUUGGGACAGGAGUUUCAAUUCGCUGGAAAAUCAAAUCCAACAGCAGUAUCGAGGGAGGGCAGGCGCUGGUGCGCGCUGCUGGGGCAGUAUGUCGGAGGGCGGCGGGGUGUCCGCCGCUGGAGGGGACUCCUGCAAGACGAACCUCAUCGUCAACUACCUACCGCAGACCAUGACUGAGAAGGACCUGUACGCGAUGUUCAUGACCAUAGGACCUAUAGAGAGUUGUCGAGUUAUGAAGGACUUCAAGACUGGCUACAGCUACGGGUUCGGCUUCGUGAACUUCACGCGGGAGGAAGACGCCGCGAGGGCCAUCGACACCUUCAACGGAUACCAGCUCAGAAAUAAACGGUUAAAGGUCUCAUACGCGCGCCCCUCAGGUGAUGAUAUAAAAGACACAAACCUCUACGUGACGAACUUACCGCGCGCCAUCACAGAGGAACAGCUAGAGACCAUAUUCGGCAAGUACGGCAGGAUAGUGCAGAAGCAUAUACUCAGGGACAAGAGCAAUGGAACGCCGCGUGGAGUUGCCUUUGUUAGAUUUGAUAAGCGUGAAGAGGCGCAAGAGGCGAUAGCGGCGCUAAACAAUGUGAUACCAGAGGGCGGCACUGAGCCACUCAGCGUCAAGGUGGCUGAAGAGCACGGUAAGCAGAAAGCAGCGUACUACGCGGGAUGGGCGGCGGGCUUCCACCAUAAUAGAGGUGAUUACGCGUGGACGUGCGGUAAUUGUAUGAUGCCGGACCCGUGGGAAAGGUUUUCAUCCCCACCCCUGCCCGGCAGUCACCCCACCACUCCAAGGAACGGCUGUAGACCCGGGGUCUGCGUUAACAAUAGAGUCUACCCCCCUAACUACGUAGGUAAAGGGGCCUCACGCGCAAGUAGAGGCAGGAACCUCCCUUGGGCCCCUAAUUAUGGAGCCGAGGAACGCUACAAAGGCCAACGCUGUAGAAACGCACCCACGCCAUAUUGGUAA